AUGCAGCUGUUCUUUACAUUCCCACUAAACUUACGGCACUUUGUUGUUCUGCUGUUUUGUGUGAAACUGAGGUGAAAGCACUUUUUUAAAAAUCGAUGUUCUGUUCAAGAAGAUUUUCUUUAAAGCUUGCUCAUAAACCCAAUCUAGAGAGCAAUAUCAGGCUUGCAAUACGUCGUCUUAACAAGGAUUUAUCUGUAAAACACAAAGUUCUGCCUUUCUGAUAGAAAAAUCGAUGUCUUAUGUUUCUGAUUGUUUACGAAAAAGGGAAUAUUUCUUCUACCCUCUGAGUUCAUUCCUGUUGUUUCUUUUGUGUUGUUGUCUGGUUUCUUUUUUUCAUCUCAGCCUUCUUCGACCCUCGUUGUUCUGCGCAGCAUCAGGACACGAUGUUACUGUUUGUGUACUGUUUUACCUUCUUUUAUUUCCUCCUUUAUGUUUAUAAAAGUACAAGAGCUGCAGCCUUUUCUCUUGAAUAUCAUUCUGUGAGAUUGUCUGAAUGUUUUUUUGGACAAAAAUGUUGGAAAAAUACAAAAAAAAAUGAAGGAAAUGUGCUGAUGUGCAAACCUGAAGGAAACAUUAUUAUUCUGUUGAUAAAUUAAGCUAUGCAUAAUUUAAGAUCAUCCUCUUGUGUCGCUUAUUUCAUUGAUAACUGGGCUGGUUUAGCCGUUUGGCAUGAAGGACUGAAGUUUUGAGAGGUCAUGUUUUAUGUUUUUUUUGUUUGUAUAUAAGUUUGUGUGUGUAUGUAUGGACAAACCAAGUGAUGAGUAUAUUAUAAAUAUAUAAAUAUAUAUAAAUAUUUGAAGACAUAUUACUACAUCUUGUCGUUUGUGUCAAUUUUUUCAAGAAAAAGGUGGAAAUGUGUCAGAUUUUUGACAGGGGGAUGGUUUUAAGAAGGUGGGGUAAAUAUUUGAAGGUGGAAAUUCCCCCAAAGAGCGUCGUUGUUACGGAUGAGGCCCUUCAGUUUCCAUGGGGGGGGGGGACCCGGUGAUGUCAAAGCUGAUGUAAAAAUGAAACGGGGAAGCCUGCAGAUCUCAGGUGCAUCUGCAGCAAUAAAGCAAAUGAGGGAAAUCAGCAACAUCCUAAUUUGAUUAAUAGUCUGCCUCCUCGGUGCGUUCAGGGACGGUCUGCGCGGUCGGAAAACAUCCCGGCUCGUUGCUGCUGCAGCUCCUGCUCCACUGAUCGAGUGCCUCCUGCCCCACAGCCCGUAUCUGAUCGUCACACAGAGGUUUCCCCCCCUGCUGCAUGCGUAACAUCUCUCCAAGUCCAGCCGUGGUGCUCACCAAGACCUCCCCGCCUGGAUCUCGGCUUCCUGCACGGAAUACGCGCAAGAGGAGGAACCGAACCGCCAGGAUUCACCUCUCCGGGUUCAGUCGGCACCGAAACGAGGCUGGGAUUUCCUCUUUUCAUUUUCAUAUUUGACAGAUCCUCUUUUUGUGUGCGUGUGCGCGUGUGUGAGAGUGUGUGUGUGUGUGUGUUGGGUGGAGUCAACCCGGAUUCUCCAAAUUGGAAAAGCAUUGGCACAUUUCAGGUAGGUCUGCGCUCGUAGGAUACAUUAAUCUGCUCCUGUUUUCGAGCAAUGCAGCGAAGCAUCCAGAGGGUUUUUUUUUCCUUUUUGAUUUAAUUCAUUCAUGCAAAAAUCCUCGUUUUUCCUGCUGAUGUUUGGUGUGCUGAUGUCUGCUCUGAGCAGGGCCGCAGCUCGCACGAUGUGUGUCCACAAUUUAAUCCCCUUUAGAAAUAAGAGUCGCCCACAUUUGUCGGAUCUCUAUCAACAAUUAGCAUCGGUACGUUUGGAUUAAGGGACAAAAAGCUCCAAAUGCAGCCGUGUGAGCUUCAGGAUGAACGAAAAUAAGAGGAAACCUGAAUGAGAGAAAGGCCUGGUAGCUUCCUACGAUUAAAAGCUAUAAAUUGGCCACGAAGAGAGAGAGAGUGGGGGGGAUUGUGAGAUGAAUUCUCUGUUUGCAUCCUAUCUUUGCCUCGUACAGCCGUUUCAAUCUGAUUUGAUGCGAUGAAAUUGGAAUAAACAAACCGAUGCAACAAAAAGGGAAAAAUCCUGAGUGAUUGUGAUUUGAUUCAGCUGCACCCCACCUCAUAGGAAAGCUUCAUAUUUGCAUGCACAGUGUUAUAAAACCCAUCUGUGGUCAGGUGUCAUCUAUGGCUGCUAAAGUGGGACAUUUCAGGAGUGAGUGAGGGGGUCAAGGGGCCUGAAAUGAGAGCAGAAAUUCAGCAAAAUGCAUGCAGUAUGUGCACUGAGAGGCUGUUUGCAAAGGGGGGCAGAUUGAAAACACUGCAGCUGCAUUGAUGCACGUUGUGGAGAAAGUUACAGGAAUAAAAGCAAAGAGUGGACAGAUCUGCUCCAGGAGGAGAGUGGCAGCUUUGAUCCUUAAGGAGAUGUUUAGAGAGAGCAAAUGAGACAAAGUAAACCCCCAAAUCUCUGCUGAAAUACCCCCGGGCAAAGCGUUUAAACCCUGUGGUGAAAGAGGGGCUGUGUGUUAUGAUGCUCCCUGCCUUUGGAGCAUCUCCCUCCAGCUUGUUAUGAAGAAUAACCCCAACAACAAAAAGGAGAAGAGUGAUGCUUGAGUGGCUGAAGAAUGACAAACCGCUGUCCAGCUGCUGCUCUUUCUUCAGAGAAAAUGGAGCUGCUGUAAAAACAGAUUCCCUGAACAAAAUGGGUCCUUUAAAUGAAAAGGUUGAGCCGGUGAAUGGCUGCAGAGACACAGCCAGGGGGGGGAUUCUGCUUUGUGGAUUUAAUGUGAUGUUCACUGACUCCCCGUGUCCCCCCCUUUGUGCCUGUGUUUGGCGUCACAGCAGCACCAUGAAGGACGGGAUCGCCAACAACAGCACGGCCAGCAUCUCCCAAGCCAGGAAAGCUGUGGAGCAGCUGAAGAUGGAGGCCUGCAUGGACAGGAUAAAGGUACUGAGCGUUUACUUUCUACCUGUAGCUGAAACAACAUGUUUCAUUUCUGUUCUGCAUGUGGAUUUAAAGCUCCUGUGAGGAAUUUUUGCUGUGUGUCAAUUUUUGUAAACAAUGUGGACAUGCCAGGUUUGGUAGUCUAGAUGGAGAAGGGGUCCACGCACACGCCCCGGCUUUUUUUGUGCCUCCUGUUCUUUUUAAUCCCUAAAGUUAAUUUCAGAAUAUGCCAGGUACCAAGCUGAAUUAUUGUCCAGAAGGCUUCAUUUUUAACACUUUAGUUUACUAACCCGAACUCAAAAAUCAAAAUAUGAGUGGGAUAACUUUUGAUGUAAACAACUUACGGGGACAAAUUAAUUGUAAUUAAUUGUUUGAAAACAUCUUGAUUCUAUUUUCAUUUAUUAAUGGACAGAAAAUUGGCCAAAAAUGCUGAUUUGACAACUACAGCUGCUUAAUUUGCAUCUUCUGACAAAAACAAAACGUAUACUGCUGACUUUUGACAGUCAAAGAUGUUAUUUAUUGUCAAUAUUUCAUAUGGCAAUUAUAAGAACGAGGUUGCUUUGCUGAAAUCUACCCCCUUGCAUCUUUUUUAGACAUUAAAAAUGACCCUUUAACAAUCGUCAGUCUUGUCCCGUAUGGUCUCGUCUGCUUUUGUUUGUCAUAAAGAGGCAUUAAUAUGAAUUUUAGUCUAUUUUAAAUUGUCAAAAACCCCUAAUUGGAGCUUAAAAGUGUCCUUCAUUCUUGUGUUGGAAACUUGGUUGGUUGGUUUACAGGGAGAACAUGCCCAUUUAUCAUAAUUGAUUCCAUCUACGCCGUAUCAUCUAAAGUCUUCUGCUUAUUUGGAGCCACAAGUUUGGCUUUUUUGGCCGCUGCCAUUUUGGUUUCCCUCGAGCCAGAAGUGACCAUAUGUGGACGUGAGUUUGGACUAUGCGAAGAGCGAAGGGUUAGCAAAACCUUACGUGAUCCAAGACUUACAGUCUGUCUGUAAGAGGCACAUUUUUUAAAACAUUACCCUCAGAACAAGAUCUGCUUUGUGGUGGUGUCUGAUCCAAGUUGUUCAUUUAUUAGUCCGAAGAAGCUCAGAGAGCCUGCAGAACACGUCCGACUUGCCAAACAACCUUUUUUUUUAUCACUAUAGCCUGCCAAUCUCUCUAGAGUAAAGUUAGCAUCAAUCCAACGUCCAUGCACAAGCUGCUUCAGAUAAAUCAAUGUAUGACACACACUGAACAAGCUACCGGACCAGGUAAAGUGGAGCUAACAUGUAAACAAAAUAAUGCUAAAUUUUACAGCUUCAAUACUGAGUGUCGGACUUCUUAGACUGUCUGGAAAUACAAUAAACCAAACAUGAUGACAGACUGUCUGAUAGUAACUCUAAAAUAAUCUGGUGUAUGAGACUCUAAGAUCUAACUCACUCCAAUCUCAUCUUCAACCACGUGAGUGAAAUACUUUCCAACAUUUAUCAAGUUACAGCAGAGAGGAAGAACUUCCUCUAACAGGCAGAAACCUUGAGCAGAACCAGACUUAGACUAGAGUAUCUGGUAAUUAUUUUAUUGUAAAUAAAAAAAAGAAUAAAUUCAUUUUCAUGAGUGAAGAAUUGAGCUAAAGAGGCCAGCAGCACCCAGAGUCCAACUCUGUGUUACGGUGUGUUUGACCCUAAAUUAAUUUUACGCCGGAAUAUCCCUUUAAGUCAGGCUAAAUGAUGUAGAGAAAAACGUAUCUUGAAUGUUGAAAGAAGCAUCUGUGACUGAUGCAUGGCAGGUGCAAGACCAGCCUUUAACACUUUGACUUUAUGGAGAUUGAUUCUUUAUUGGAAACAGCCCCUAGUGGCCACUUAAGGGAGUGCAUUUAUGGCACUUCUGAUUGAACUCUUCUUGUUCUGCCCCUUGGUUAAAGGUUACACUAUCAUAGACUUGUUUUUUUAAAGCUAGAAUAACGGCCAAUAUUGAACUCUUCCUAGUUUUACAAUAAAAUGUUUGAAUUUCCAAAGUUCAGAAGACUCUGACUCGUGUUUGAUAAUAUACAAUAAUUCUAGUCCUCAUAAUUGACUUCAACAGCCAACUGCAACAUGACAACCCAAUCCCCGUUUCCUCGGUUAGCCUCGCACUACUUCUUCUGACAGUCCGCACAUGAAGCCUGACUUCACCUUGAAAGCACUGGAGUAUACCGACUGUGCACAGCGAGCAGCACCACUGUGGUAACUGUGGAGAAAGUAGCCAGAGGCACGAUGGGAUACGGUGAAUUCUGACCACUUCUGACACUAGUUUUCUACCAAAUUGGGUCAUGUUUCCUGAGUAUUUGCCCUGGUUAGCACUUUCCUCAUGUAGGCUUCUUCUCAUCUUACGUUGCCAGUGUUUGAUUUUUGCGAGAGUGCAGGAGGACCGCGAGCUUUAAAGGGAUAGGUCAGGGUUUUUGAAGUGGGGUUGCACGAGGUACUCGUCAAUAGUGAGAGUAUUAACUACAAUAGAUGGUGGUCAUGGCUGCUGUUUGGCGAAGCCAGCUGGAAUACUGACAAAGAAGAUGAGCGGUGUGCCCCUGAGGAAAAGGGAAGAGAGUAGGUUAUAUUUUGGAUACUUUCAACUUGUCCUGUUUUAGCUUCACAUCCACACAAGUACACCGAGUAAAGUGGGAACGAUGCAGAUCAGGUCUUUGGGUCACAAAAUCGUGAAUCAAGGGAGGGAUCUGAAAUGGAUUUAACCAUGAGCUAUUUUGUAACCAUGGCCUCAGAUGAUAAAAUAUAUAUGAAGACGGGUGACACACCUGCACUACCUGCCAACAUAUCCCGCUGACAGCAGCUGAAAUGUGUUUUUGUGUGAGUACAGUCCAAAGCAGAGCAGAUUUUGUGUCAGACAUUCACAGUCCUGGAAAGUUCAGUGACUCUUGUGGUUCCCUCUGGUCAGACGACACAUCAUGGCGGUAAUUAUAACCCGAUCUGGUCCUUUGUUGUGUAUCAUGAUGAAUGACAAUCAAGGCCAUGUUUGGGACACACCAUAACCCUCUCCUCACAGAAAGUCAAACAUGUUUUAUUUUCUUUGAUUCGUUUUGUCACAUCUGUGAUGUUGACCAAUGAGAGCACAGCGCCCAGACUGGAUGUGAUAAGCUAUACAGCAACACUUGGAUCCAACUUCGCUGCAUGGCACAUUAUUUAUGUAUGGGCCAACGUCUGUCAACUGGUUAUACAUCAUGAUGUCAAACCAUAUGCCAGUGUAGCUGUGAUAUAUUCAACAACACUGAGACAACUUUAUGUUCACGCUUGUAUUUCUGAUAGUUUAUAUAGAAGAAGAUAAACCGCACACACUCUCGCCAAAAAGCAUGUCAGAAGACCGCACUGAAUGGAGGAGCUCAGGAAGAUUUCCCCAUUCUCGUUUUUGGCCAGUCUCUUCUCUUCAAGCUGUUUCUCUGUAUUUAUAGUUUCUACAGUCCCAUCCAUGAACACCGUUUUAUCAUGACAGUCGUGUUUUUGACUGUUUCAGUACGUAAUAAACUAACCUAAUGGCUGAUGCUGAUAGUUGCUUAAGUAAGGAUAUGUGGCUGCAGGUUAAAAAAGAUGCCAUUCUUUUGGCUUCAAACUUUGAUCCCAAAUUUUCAAAAAUUAUUUAAGAAUCCAAACUUUAUCUCAGAAUUCUGAUGUUUUUUCCUAGAAUAAUGCUUUCAUUCUUACAAUUCUGAAUCUACUUUGGAAUUCUAACUUGGAUGUCAGAGUUCUGAAUAAACUUUGGAAUUCUAAUGUAGAUUUUAUUAUUCUUACUGAAGUUUUGGAGUUUUAACUUUAAUGUCAGAGUUCCAAAUUUAACUUGUAAUUCAUGGACUUCCAAACUUUGUCUGAAGAUUCGGAAUUCUGACUUUUUCUUGGAAUUCUAACUUUGAUUUCACAAAUCUGACAUCUUAGAAUUCUAACUUUGAUGAAAUACUUUAGAAUUGAUCUUGGAAUUCUUUGACUUCCAAAUUCUGAAGUUUCAGAGUUCUGACUUUUUAUUAGAAUUCUAACUUUGAUGUAAGACUUUAGAAUUGAUUUUGGAAUUCUGACUGAUCUCAGAAUUCUCACAUGAUCCCAGAAUUCUAACUUUGUUCUCAGAAUUCAGGAUGAAGUCUGGACCUUUUUGACUUCUGAGUUGAAUAUAAAAUCCAGAAUUUCGUCUUACUUAAAUCUUACUAUAAUCUCAGAAUGGGUGUUUUAGGUCUUAGAAAAUUAAUUGGAUCUAAUCCUUUACUUUGGCAAAGAGAAUAAAGUGUCUCAGUAGUUAUUUUUAAGCCUGUACCCACUGCUGUCUGGUUGGUGUCAGAUAAAGCGGGUAACAGCAUGCUGCAGAAACAGAUUUUACAUUUUCACUGUUCAAAUGAGGCCUGAAGCUGACACACAAUUCCUCAAAGAUAAUUAAGACUCUAAUGAUAAGAUCCUCACACACUCUGCUUAAAGAAAUUCAAACUAUCCCUUUAAUAUCUAAAUCUAAGCGAGCCAUAAUGACCUCCUUUGUAUAGUAAUCACGUUCCUGUUACCUGCAACCCCUUUCAGCUCCACCAGACUUUUAUUAAGGAGGUCUCAUAAAGUAUGACCUUAACAAACAACACCUGUUUCACUGUUGACUUUGAGCCUUAUCUUUUUGAACCUUGGAAAGUCAUAAAACUGUUACUGUAAAUAGAAAUCUCCAGAUCGUUUCCGACCUGUUUCCUGAUGGUGUUUUCACUCUGAUAAAACAUCCAUUUUACAUGGAAAUGAUCCCUCACUGUGAAAGGCCGGCUCUCAGCUUUAAUGUCAUCAUCUCAUUCAGUAUGCUCCUCAUGUGCUCGGGGAACGAUGGCCCCGCAGCCCCGAGGCUGUUCGCUCAGCAUUAUUGCCGGGCCUGGACGGCUGCCAUACACCAUCAUCCCUACUCAGCACAACAUAGACUGCUUACAAGAAAACGUCCUCUUCGUAAAAAACAAAGUGAUUAUCCCCGACUCUUUAAUCAGGGUUCAGAGGAUGUAUCACACAGACCCUCAUUUAACCCACAAGCUGACUGUUUGGCACUAAAUCUCAUUUAAAUCCAUAGUUCGUCUUAGUUUUUCCGUCGGAAAUCAAUUAGCUUUGAUAAACUCUUGAGGACCAAAAAUUAAUAAAAGACUCGUUUUUUGUUGUAUGAGCCUAAUUUAACAAUACUCAGCAUUUUCUGUGUUUUCUCCAGCUUAUAUUACUGUUACACUGUCAUUCAGUGGACACAUUUGAGAGUAAGAACAAUACAGGCAAAGAUCUGGAGAAGAAGAAACAAGAUCAUUAAGUGCCUCAAAUUGCUUUAUGUCCAUUUGGAUGCAGGUACCCCCAUGUAGUGUUAAAGGGAAUGCACAAGGUGUUCAGACCAUAGACUGUAUAUACUAUGGACAACUUGGUUCCGCCUCCCACCCUUAAACGGAUUUGAAGCCAAAAAGCUCUCAGUAUUUCCUCGAUUUUUCUUCAUUUCCUGAAACCAGCGCUGCGCAGUAGGAUUGUACGCAUUUGGCGGGAGAGUCGCCAUGAGUCACGGUGAUGACGCUCGGCUCAAACAGCGUAUCCCUCGAGUGAGCUACGCAAUCCCUGAACGCCCAUAGGCUGUAUCAGGUGUCAAUCAUAGAAAACAUGAACCCCCUAAUAACUUUUAAAAAUGGAGCUUCACAGAAAAAAGAGGACUUGAGCACAAACCAGUCUUACAAUAACUACAUGUCAACAUCACAACCGGGGGGGAAUUUAUGUUCUGUGUAAUAGAUUUCAGAAGUUUGUCCACAGCUCCGUAAGCUUUGCUGGUGGAGGCGGGAUUUAUGACCUAUACUGCAGCCUAUCAACAGAGGGUGCUGUUCUUGGAGUGGCUUCACUCAGCGAGGAGGCAGACCGUGUCCAUUCUAUAUACGGUCUAUGCUUCAGACCUUUUCCAGCUGUAGUUCCUUCAGUGGCCACCAGGGGUCGGCUACCAAAAGGAGUCGAAUCCCAUUGAUUCCCAUUUUAAAAUGUCAGUUUUACAGUAGAUGUCAAUGCUGACAGCUGGGAACUAAAGAAAAUGUUUAAGUCAGUGUUUGUGGUGUUGAAGUUUCUUUCACUCAGCUUUACUCACAUUUUUUCACAUUAUAUAUUUUAUUUAGACUAUCAGCAUGUGUUUGUUUCAAAGCUCACCAUACUGAGCGUGUGAGCUUAUCCUAUGUUUUCAUACUGUGUUUGAUCCAGUUUAUAGCAAAUGAAAUCCAAAGUUAACAUCAUUAUUCCUAACUUUUUUCAUCUGAUUUGAAACCUUUAAUUAAACUAAACUUAUCCAAUCAUUUACCACCUAAAGAGAUUACAAACUUCAAUUGAUGCAACACAAUUUUCUUUGAAUUUGGUGCAGCUCCAGGGCCGUUUCGGUUAGUACAAUCUUUUCAUUGUGCGUAAAUUCUCCCAAGUCUAAGCAACAGCAGGAUUUUUUGUGAUAAGCAGCCGGCAUUAAAAAUGUAGGAAAAUCUGUCAACUUUGAAAGCAGAUUUGACUUUAAACUCUGCCUUUUUGGUGUUUUUGUCUCUUUGUUUGUUUUGUUUUCAGUCUUUUUUCCAUGAUAUGCUCAGGCGUUCAGCCAGCUCCCUGUUGCAUCCUCGUGAUGGUGCCAAUUUUACGUGGACACAGCUGCAGAAAACUGUGUUUUUAGAGAAGCAGAUAUGCUUUGUGUUUCUUUUUUCCAGUUAGUUUAGGAGAGGAUGAAUAAAUUUUCUGUUACAUGAGGCGCUGAUCAUGACUGACAUGAGAAAAACAACAGAAUGUCACAGUGCGGGUCAGUGAGCAGGAAAAAUGUCACCAGCAUCAAAAAUAACAAGGCCAGGGUUGAUUGCAGUUUCAGUUUUUUAAAGUUAGAGUUCAGAAUAAGAGUCUGUAUACAGGGACAUCUCACUGUGAGAUACAAAAUACAGUGUGGGAUAACUUGAUGCAGGAUAGAAGAAGUUGAGAUGAUGUGAAGUUGUAAAGUGGAACAGGCUAAGAAGCUUUGGACGGUCCACCAUCUGAAUGGAUCUGAAGUGAGUUUUGUUCCAACCUGACACAUCAGACCUGAAUGUAAAUGAACCUGAAAUGUCACAUCUGAUUUUAAUGUCUAACACCUUCCUCCAGCUCCAGAGUGGGUCAGAAAAACCUGUUAAUAUAUUUAAGAAUCAGGGACAUCUGCUGCCUCUCAUUCAUCUUGUUGCUGCACCUCAGAUCUUAACGAUAUUCGAGGUGUUUCCCACAGAAAUGUCUUGUUGUAUAACAGGUGUGUUCAAUCAUCAGCUGUCUUCAGUCUGUAAAUAAAAUGGAUGCUGUUAGUAUCCACUAGGCUUGAUGCCAGAUAAGCACAUUAAACUAUAAUUCAUAAACGUAAAGUAACAACCGAGACCUAAUGGUGCUGUGACAGCAACGCUGUGAUUGAGUUUGAGACAGUGAAAAUACAUAUGGUAUGUUGUAUCUGAACAGGUUAGCUUAUGAGCUAAAGUGACUUAGCACAGAUGAAAGUUAAAACAAAGAUGUUUAUCAAACUGUUAAAGCACACAAACCAUCGUCAUAUGAGAAAUCCGACGCUAUGACUCGCCACAAUUUGUGUUUUUUAUCAAAAAUCACUCUGUUCUCCAACAUGUAAACAAUCAGCUGGUCGGCCAUGUUGGAUAUACUGGUGAAUCUGAUGUCACAACAACAUUAAGUCUGAUUGGUCAGAAGUGGACACACAGUAUGCGAAACUUUAGAAAAUGUCGCAGGACGGAAAAACGUCGCUGAUGUGAACGCUUGUACUGACAGGAUAAAGUUUCGAAAAAAAUAUUGACAUCCAAAAUAAUCACAUGAAAGAAACACUCCCGGUGUGUAAGGACCUUUAGAGCUCCCUCUGGUGGCUGCAGCACUGGUCAUUAACCCGCAAAGCCCAAAAUGCACAAGUAAAAACAUGCCAAAUCAACCCUCAAAUAUGGUUUCUUUCGUGCUUAUAAUAUCCAAGUGCUAGUCUUUCUAAGAAGUUUUAAUCCAAGUACCAACCUCUGGUCUCACAAAUUGUAGCUGCAGUUCCAUAAGUGUCCACUGGAGGCUGUCUGCAGAAACCUUGUACACGCUAAUCUAAGAAAGCCAUUUUUAGAGCAAAAAUACACGUUUAAUGCCUGGUUCAGAUACAGUUUUGGUCCAAAUCGCCCAGGACCUUUUCAUAACGUGUAUUUUUUGAAGGUUAAGUGAGUGAAUUAGCCACCACUUUAGCUAGUUUCAAGAAGGCCAAAAUCCCGCCUGUGGAAGGUUGACUUAAAGUUGGGUUGAGUCAGCAUCACCAACAGGCUUCAAAACUCCUCUUCACAAACCAGAUUACGUUCAUGUAUGAUGGUACCAAAAGUGUGAAUUUCAGAGAUUGUGGAGGUGUUUUUUGGCUUCAAGGCUCACAAUUGGGCAAGGAAGUGAUGUUUUCCUCUCUGUGUGCUGGCAGUGUUGAUGAAUAUUUCUGUGUUCCCAGAACAACAAUGCAGUAAAGGUUGGAAAUGUUGACAUAAGGAUGCCAGAGCCGUAGGUGGCAAUGAAGUGAAAUCAGUCUGUCGUGUCAAACACUAGAGGAGAAUAUUGUGCACAUGCCUGUUGAGCAUAUUUAAGAGCAGGCUGAUCUGGUCCAGAAUGACGUUUGGGUUCUUUAAAUUGUAGUGAAUCAAAAAACUAUCAGGCGUAUCAUUGUUUCCUCUCUUUGCGUUGUGUAUAAUGAUGAAGGAACAGCCUGGCCUCCUCGCAGUUUGACCUAACAAUACCUGCAGACAUGAAGAAACACCUCGCCAAACAUCCUGGUUCUAAUGUGAAUGUGCAACAGACAAACAGCAAGUGCAUGCAUGAGUUGAGUUCACGCCGUCAGCGUUCCCCCAAACCUCAGUUUUUUACAGAGUCAAAGUUUUUAAAAAGAAGUCCUUCAAUGGUGUUUCCAAAACCUCCAUUUUCAGUGACCUAGACUCUGUUUACAUGGCAGGAGGUCUCGAAAUUAUCCAUCCCUCUUUGUUUUUGUCCUUACACAUCUAGAGCACAACAAUAUUAAUAAAAAAAAACUCCCUGAAUGCAAUAAUUAUGAAAUUGAUAUUUUUACAUCCAGCAACAUUAGGCCUCGGGCGUUUAUGAAUAUUACAUUUUAGGUAUUUAUUUAAAGUCUUUGCAAAGUCAAAGAAAAAGUCCUUGGAUUUAAGGGUUGGUGAAUUCAUCUACAAAUCUUGGCCUGAUUUAUACUCAGCAUGAUGCAUUAUUAUGGUCCAUUAUUUCUAAAUGAACCACUUACACCUCAGAGAUGAAAGUCCAAGUUAGUCUUUAUUAAUAGUUUAGCACAGAAGAAGGAAUACAGAGGGAUGUGACUGCAAAUAAAGAGUGCAGUGAAAGAGGAGAAAACAGACAGUUGGCCUCGCCGUCGAUCCCUUAAAUUUAAUUAAAGGAUCUGAUGAGAGAGAGUGUAUUUUAGAGACUGAGCGGUCUCUGUGCUGCUGAUUUAGGGAUCGCCACUUUCUCAUUAAUUGCUCAAUCAGCCAAAGGAAUGUGAUCUGUGCUAAUUAGAAGGCCUCUCCCUCCAUCAAGAGGCUGCGGUGUAAUUACAGUCAGCCUAAUGACACUCACCAUGCAGUACCGUAUGUGUCCUGUGGGGCUCUCUCUCUCUGCAGGGACUCUGGCUGCAGCUACAUGAUAAUAUAAUUAUUGCAUUUACUCUGAUUAUGGCAAUAAUUAUGUUGUUUACUUGGAUUACCAAGGAAGGAUUUGCUCAUGUUUCCUCUUCGUGUAGACUGUAAGACCUCGAUGAGUGCAGAAAAAAGGGGAAAUAGAGUCAGGAAAAAGGGUUAUCGAUAUGGCUCUCCUCUAAUCUGACCUAUAUAGCACUUCUGAGUGAGACAUAGCCUCCAGGAUGUCACCUAUUGGUUUGUCUUCUGCCUUUUUGAAGGCUUGACUUUUGCACUCUGGCUGCAUGUAUUUUAACUUUCUCUAUGUUGUUUUUUUUUCUGCAGCCAUAAGUGACCGUUUUAAAAUGAGCAAGUAGAGCUGGAGCGGAAAUAAUAAGCUGUUUGAAGCCAAACAGUCUGUGCUAAUGAAAUAUAUUAACUGGACUCAACCUCAGUUUCAGUCAAACUGGCAAAAGGCAAAGAAGUGGAGUUUUAGCCUCCCUGCUAAAAGCUGCAGUUAAACCAUCUAACAAUUAAUUCAGUUGCUCCCUAAUUAUGAAAACUCAGAACCCUAAAAUCCGUAAAAAUAUAUUCAGAAAUUAUCCUUUUGUUCCAGGUUUGAAAGAUGUUUCCUUUUAUGGCGAAGAGAGGCUGUUUUCAAUGGGUGUGUAUGUGGCUUUUGAGGCUUUUGCAGCCAGCUUCCAGUGGACACUCAAGGAACUGCAGUUUAUUUUUGUACUUAUACAUCAGCUUAAGUUCUCAAGACCAAGGGGGUUACAGUUUGAGAAAAUUUGGAUGCCAGACUUCUUGGAUCCUUCAAUUUCAAACAUUCUGGUUCAUCUGAUUCAAUACUUUGGUCCAAAUAUGUUUUAUUAUGGGGCUCUAUGGGGUUCGACUCACUUUUCGGGCCAGCCUCUAGUGGACACUCAAGGAACUGCAGUUUAUUUUUGUACUCCAUUCCAAAAGAUUUUUAAUAAUAAUAAUAACUUUAUUUGUAUAGCACUUUUAGAAAACAGAUGUUUACAAAGUGCUUUGACAUGUAGUCAAGGAGCACAUGGAAAAAGACAAAUAAAGAACAAAAACUGGAAUUGAAGACCAUUUUCAUGUCAUGAGGAACUCAGACAAUAUAAGAACCAUGCAACAUAAAAUGAGACCAUGAGGACCAAAAUAAAAAGAUAAAAUAGUUAAGAAAAAAGGAAAAUGCAAUUAAAAGGGAGGACCAAAGUGGAAACAGGAUAGUAAAUAUAAAAGGCAAUAGCAACAAUGAUAAUAAAAUAAUAAGAGGUAAUCCUGAUAAUAAAAGUAAUGAUAAAAUAGUGCAACAUAAAUUAGCAAGAGAAAAAACAAUAAAAGGCCUAAAAGGUUAAUUAAGAAAAGAGUACAAGUACAACAAAAGCUAAAAAGACAGUAAAGCUGAAAGAAGAUAGAAGUCAAAGAGAUAAGAGAUGACAGACAAAAGAUAAAAGACGGCAUCAUGUAAAAGCAAGUCUGUAAAAGUGAGAUUUUAAAUUUGACUUAAAAGAAGCGACUGUCUGAAUCUGAAAUUUCAAACAUUCAGGUUCUUUUGAUUCGUCCCUGAUUAUCUACAAUACUUUGGUCCAAAUAUGUUUUAUUAUGGGGCUCUAUGGGGUUCAACUCACUUUUGGGACCAGCCUCUAGUGGACACCUGAGGAACUGCAGUUUCUGGCAUUCACUUUGGCUUCAUUUCCCAGCCUUGAAAGUUGCUUGUCCCACAACAGACUUAAAAAGUACUUGAAUGUUUCAUAGUAAAAACUGUACCGAAAGGUCAGCGUGAUGGAUUCUGUGCGUUGUUUUGUCUUGUGGGAGCAGCAGUGUGAGGUGAAGUGUCAGGCAGAAGAUCAGAUGGUUUUGUCCUCCGUGUGCAUCCCUGAGCCCUCGCCGUCCCUCUGAUGCAGCUGCUCCUCUUUCCCCCCUCCUGUGACCUCCCGCUCUGCUCCCGAGCACAAACCUACUUCCACAUGCAGUCUGGCUCUACUGUAAAAUUUAUAACCGCCGUUUGACUUUGAAAAGACACACCAUGCAACUUUUCCGCCCUGAGACAGGAAGGGCGUUGUGCUUUUUGCCCUCCUGGUCAGGGUACCACCUUCGCUCCUGUCAGUCAUCUGCAGGAAUUAUCUUCUCCGGGUGCCUCGGGCGAAGGUUACAGCCAUCAGUGCAAACACCACAGGCACUGAAGACAUCUGAAAGUAGAACAACAUGCACUGUUAAAGCAACCAUGCAAUGUUUGACGAGGCUUACAACAACCCUCACCUUCUGCAAGUUAGGCUCCAAACUCUGAAAACAAACACACAGCGAGGUACAAACCAGCAGGAGCUCGACAAAUCAAACCAUAUCACAUAAAUCUUCUCCUCGGCUCCGUGCUUUGUUUACCUUUUGUUUGUCGAGGGGAGGUCUGAGUCUGUCGAAGCACUUUUCAUAGAAUCAUGCUGGCCAAAGCACUAAAAAAAACAAAGUUAACACAGCUCUGAUCUUGUCUUAUUGGUUUUCUUCUGAAACUAUAAAGACUAUAAACCUCUUGAAACUACGGCCAUCUUUUAGUUAUUGUUGAAGCCUGUAAUUAGUUCAAGGAAAGACUUUCUUUUGUAACUUGAGACUCAUUUGUACAACAAGGAUAGUUGGACGUGGAAACAGAGUGGAUAGACAUGCAGCAUUUCAAAUCCCUGGUAACGUUUACGGCUAGCUAACAAGCUCAGAAUGAUGGUCUGGAUCUAAUUGUAGUGCUGCAGGUUGUGACCCUGCAAGAUCCCUGAUUAGGGCUGAAAACUAUGUGACUUCCUGACACUUUGUCUGCAGAUGCAAGAGCGUUAGAAAAAGUUUGGAUAUUUGCAGUCCUUGAAAAUUUACAAGUUAUACCCAUCAAGUGCAAAAUAUGGGUCGGUUUUCAGAGGACUAUAAACCGCUGAGGGUAAAUGUUUGUAUCACAAGAGUUAACGAAGUGAAAGGAGAACUAUACUGGCUUUUAAAGGGAUAUUCCAGCAUAAAAUUGAUUUAGGGUCAAACACACCGUAACACCGAGUUAGACACCCCCUCUAGAGAUGAUCAUAAAUGUUCUUCCUUGAGCUGCGUCACCCCGCUGUAGUCCGUAAUGGACUGGCCUGAGGUCUCACUACAAACAAGUGGCUGCUGGAAGAGAGUAAGUGAGUUGUGUUUAGUCUCUUUGCUAAAGAAAUCAGUCAAAGUUAAAACGAUGUUUGGUGGCUAGUACUAUGUCUGUGACCCUAUAUGUCCUGUUGAUGAAGUUAGGUGCUGUUCUGAGCAUUAUUUGUGGCUAUAGAGUGGAGUUUUAGCUGAGGUUUGUUUAUGGCCCCUCAGACUGCUGUUUGUUGCCAUGGUGCAGUCAUUACUAAAGUUGGUAAAACUAGAGAAGCAAGCGGUCGGGAACAUUCAUCUCUCCAGGGGAUGUCUAACCCGGUGUUACAGUGUUUGACUCUAAACUAAUUUUACGCCAGAAUAUCCCUUUAACUCACUAAAAGAAGAAACUAUAGUGGCUUUUAACUGCAUGUUUGUGUCUAAACAGCUCUUGUUCUCUGCUUUUCUGCUGUCUGCAUGUCGGAGCUGCAUGCUAAGCAAUCAAGAAUUAAACAUGGCUAAAUGACUGGUGGAUUUUUCAUCUACCAGCCUCGUUAGCUGGUGAGUUAUAAAUCAUUUCUGGACCCUCUUUCGGCUGGAUAAACCUGAAAAGUACUCCUGAAUUUCUCGCUGAAAUAAUUUCAUGAUUUAUCUGAGUUAAAAGUUAAAGUUUGCCAAGUCUGUCCUCAAGAGUUGGAGAAACAACUUUAAAAGUUUCUGUCAGUCGAUGCCUGAUGCCUUUGAGGAAGUCAGGAAAUCGAAGUGGUGACUGUCUAAAGUUACACAGCUUUAAGCAGAUCUAUGUCUCAGUGUAAAUGUUUGAUCUGGAACAGAUUGUCCACUGCUCUCACAUGCAGAUAUCUGUUUGUUCAGUAAAGUAAAUAGUCUUCAGAUUACUGCUGAUGGAGCCAGGAUGUGGUUAUUGUAGGCUGCAUUCUGCCUGCUUUUGCUCUUCAUACAGACAGUUUUUCCUGCAAACACCAAACCCUUCUUAAGCACUAAUGUAAGCAUAGAGUUAAAUUUUAUAGCUUCAUUUUUGUUAAAAAUCUUACUCAUUAUAUCCCCAGAGUGAAAUUUGUAUUAUGCACAGAAACCUCAGUUAAUAUUUGAAAAUGUCUCUGAUGGAAGUCCUUACACCGAUGCCAAGUUAGAAAUCCAAAAUGUGAUUGAGAAACCUCUCCAAAUCCUCCUCUGAGAAACUUUCAUAAUUCCUCUGUGGAUUAUUGAAGGAGGGAGACGAGACGAGUCAUUUCCAUAAAAUGUGAAAGUUCUUAAAUGCACUUUAUGUAUGAUUUAUGAAAUAUGUAGAGCGCAUUUAUUAGACAGUGACAGGGGGGGAGAUAAAGCAAAUAUCCACGUCCGGAUUUGAACUUUAAAGUCACAUGCCUGUUGAAUUAUGCAGAAGAGAAAAACGGAAACAAGCUCAGACAGCAUCCUGAUGAAGCUGAGACUGAGCAAACAUGUUGUAAAUAAAGCCUGGUGUGUUUAAAUUACAUGUUUGAAAACAUAAUAUUAACAUUCAGGCUAAUUAAAUAAAGACACCUUUGUGUCUAGACAUGAUUUUCAGUACAAAACAUUGAACUUAAAUGCUUAAAAAUUGACAGAAAUUUGGAAAAUGUCUUCAAUAAAUUCAAGGAUAUUCUCUAGAGAAGGUUAUCCGGAAAGUUCCCUUGUAACACUUUCCUUCUGAAGUCACUUUAACCAUUCAUGACUGAAAUAUCCCACCAUCUUUUCACUCUAAUUCUAUUAAUCUGUGAGAAUAAAUGCACGUCUCCCAUGUGUGUUUCUUCAAUAAAAGUCCUGGCAGUGAUUUUGCUUGCAGGGAGCUCAUCUUUAUAGAUGUAAAUUUCCUCUUUAUCCACGGAGGAUCAGGAGGAUACACCUCCCAAAAUAACAGCCUUAUGUUCAAGACCAUCUGCACAGGCAGGAUUUUCACACUUGAGCUCACCCUGAUAUGCUCUUUUCUCAUGAAAUGUCCCACUCUUGUUUCUUGUAGGAGGCCAAACUCAGGGGUGUGUCCACAGGGGUGGUCAAGGGUGGCAUGGGCCCUUGAAACCACCUAAAAAUUUUAAAGUCCUGGUUGACGAUCUGAGAAGCAGUUGAAAAAAACUGAGCUGUUGAGGAUGGUAGGGGAAGGUCCCGCCCUCCUUCGCCUCUGAUUGGCUAGAAUUGCUAGGCUUCGAUUGGUUAUUCCUAAUGGCUGUGAAUCGUCAUCAUCUGUCGGGUUAGGGUUAGGGUUAGGAGAUUCAGAAGUGUGAUAAUGUUCUGUAAUGUUCCGCGUUGGCUUGAGCGUGUGAUGACGUUUCCAGCUUUUCUAGCCAAUCAGAGGCAAAGAAGGCGGGACUUUCCCCUACCAUCCCACAAAAAAAAAAAUAUCACAGCCGGGAGAGUGGGAGGGGACAAGUCAGAACUACAGGAGAGGGGUGUGUCGAAUACAGCGAGGUGAUUGGAUAGAGAGGUGGAGUAGGAGAUUGACCAAUAGGAGCUGUCCGGGACAGAUGGCUCCCAUUGGUCAAUGUUUUUGCAGUCCUGCACCUGAUAGGGUGAACGGAUUUUUUCCAUUCUUUUUUCUUUUCACUUUGUGAGAUCGCACUAUAUCGCCAUAGAAACCAAUCUCUCCAAUCGUCAACCAUGCCUUUAAAAUAUGAUUGGCUGUUUACCUUGUUGGUGGCUGAACUCCGCUUUAAGAUCCUUUUUCCUUUUGUCAUAUUAUAGCAAAUAAGACUCAGUUUUGAUCUUCACAGACUGUUGCUUUAGAAGUCAUUUGUUGGACUGUAAACAGUGUAGUGUGUGGAAAAGAAAGUCAUUUACUGCCAAAGAUCAGCUGUGACAAAAAACAGAAGGUUAGGGUCAUUUCUGGGCUGCAUUUUUCAUUCUGACACGAUAGCUGGUGUGGUUUGAGAUUUAUAAUCUAUGGUAGGGCAAGUAAAAACAACAGUUAUUAAAAGAUAAUGGGAUUAUUCUUGAUGGUAGUUUUAGCUAAUUAAAUUGUGGAAAAAGGAGAAAACAAAACAGAUUAAUAAAAAUAUCAAAUCUUCAGCUGUCUUUGCACCACUUCCUUUCUUUUUCCGACUGGUUUCCACUCGAUAUCUCUGACCUUCCUCUCUUCUGUCUCACUAUCUCAGGUUUCCAAAGCAGCCGCGGACCUGAUGGCGUACUGCGACGCCCACAUACGCGAGGACCCGCUCAUCAUACCCGUCCCCGCCUCCGAGAACCCGUUCAGGGAGAAGAAGUUCUUCUGCAGCAUCCUCUGA